GGAGUCACGGUAGUGGUUUGGUAUCAUAUAUGCAUACGCGAAAAUACGCGAGGCGUCAUGAAAGUUACGAAACAUAUAUGAAUAUAUCAUCAGUCACAGUGUUUGUAUAUACAUACGUUCGUCUUGUGCGCCGUGGCCGCCGUGUCAGAUUUAUUUCAUUGCGCGAUUAGAGACUAAACGGCAUAAAGAUUGAGACCUUUAUAACGGCUUUACCACCCGCUUUUAAGGCAUAUUUAAUUUGCGGGCUUGCCCGCUGGGCUGUCCCAGCCCAAGAAAGGAGCGAAAUGUCAAUACGGACAGUGGUCCAUCGUCUCGUGCAAAAUGGUCGCGUCGUAUUGCGCUCAUUACGAAAUAACGAGCGCUUGCAUUCAAAAGGAUAUACAACAGAUAAGCCCCUCGACAAGAUACACGGUGCACAGAUAGGCAAAUCUCAAAACAGCGGCUUUUGCCAAAAUAGUGGCAAUGUGUGGAAUACAAGAAAACAUCUUGGUUAUUUGGGGACACAUGCUAGACGCAUCUUUGUCGACAAUAUCUUGAAAAGGGUAACCAACAGUCUGGCAGCAGAUUUACGAAGACGUACUGCGAGUAGACUUGUCUUUGGUGAUUCUGCGCCAUUCUUUGCUUUUGUUGGCAUAUCAUUAGCAUCAGGUACAGGAAUAUUAACAAAGGAUGAUGAACUGGAAGGAGUAUGUUGGGAAAUUCGGGAAGCAGUUUCCAAAUUGCAAUGGAAUAUGCCACAAAAUGAUAAAAACUAUCAAACUAUUCCUACCAAUGAGAAUGCUAUAACUUUGCAAAAUUUUGUAAUGGGACCUAUAAUUGCUAAAGGUUGUUCCGCUGCUGUAUAUGCAGCACGAUUUGUAAAUACUAUGCAGGAUGAAGAUAAUUCAAUAAAUAUUGAAGUUAAAGCAGAAGAUACAAGUGCAUUCCCAUUGGCUAUAAAAAUGAUGUUCAAUUAUGAUGCAGAAUCCAAUGCUGCUGCUAUUUUGAAUGCCAUGUAUAGGGAGACAGUGCCCGCUAGAAAACAUGGAAAUGAUAACUUGACUAUUUGGGAGCAAAAAUUGGUAGAAAGCAAAGUUGUGUUACCACCUCAUCCAAACAUUGUGGCAAUGUACUAUGUAUUUACUGACGAGAUACCAAUGUUACCUGGCUCUUGGGGAAUGUAUCCUGAUGCUUUACCAAGUAGAAUCAAUCCUCAUGGAUCAGGCAGAAAUAUGAGUCUAUUUUUGGUGAUGAAAAGAUAUGACACUACUUUGAAACAGUAUAUAACAAAUCGAAAUAUUGAUAUGCGAGUGUCAAUAUUAUUGCUCGCUCAACUUUUAGAAGCAGUAGCUCAUAUGAAUGCAAAUGGCAUAGCACAUCGAGAUCUGAAAAGUGACAACAUUCUGCUCGAUCUAUCAGAAGAGACUGAUAAUUCUCCAUCUCUAGUCGUAACAGAUUUUGGUUGUUGUUUGGCUGAUAAAAAUCAUGGAUUAUAUCUACCUUAUUACUCUCGUGAUAUCAAUAAAGGCGGCAAUAUCGCAUUGAUGGCACCAGAAGUGAUAACAGCAGAGCCAGGUUCUUUUACUAGUAUUAACUAUACGAAAUCUGAUCUUUGGACAGUAGGGACUAUAGCAUAUGAAAUAUUUGGGAUGCAAAAUCCGUUUCAUGGCAAAAACGGACAUGACAAAGCUGCUUUAAACAAUUAUAACUAUACUGAAAACGAGCUUCCUGCGUUGCCAGACAACCUCCCGCGUAUUAUCAACAUUGUCAUAAAAAAUGCAUUGUCAAGAAAUUUGUAUAAGCGACUUGACAGUGAACUGGCAGCAACUGUGAUGCAACUGUAUCUCUGGGCACCUAGUUCAUGGCUGGAAAACGAGGGACAGUUACCAUCGAGCAAUGAGAUUAUGCAAUGGCUUUUGUGUUUAACCACAAAAGUUCUUUGUGAAGGACGGAAAGAAAAUUUGCCCCUGUCUUAUGGAUUGUCUGUUGAUGCAAAAGACGAUAUCAGACACAAUGAAUAUAAACAAACGUUUUCGAUGCAUUUUUGUGGAAGGCGCACAAUGCCAGAAUAUCAAUUAAUUGCAAGCUUCCUUAACAGGGUAACACUCACUAAUGUUAAAAAUGCAUUAAAAUGGAUACAACGAAAUAUAUAACUCAAGUGUGUACGUAUUAUAUGAAGCACGAAAAAUUCAGUCACAAUUUUGCACAGAAAUUUAUCUACAGCAAAUUGAGAGUAUAACAAUUCUGAAUAUCUAACUUGAUAAAUUUAGGAAUAUAUUGUUCUUGCGCUCUUUUUUCUAUUCUUUUUUUCUCUUAAAGUUUAUAUUGUUUUACAUUGGAUUUCCAAUAUUUGGUUUUGAUACUUCAAAAAACACAAAAGGGUAAAGAGCAAUUUUUAAAUUAAAAAUAUAAAUAAAAUUUAUUUUCAAAUUAGCGAUUAUAAACUAAUAUGUGUAUGAAUAUGUGUAUAAACCCUUUUGUGAUUUUAAUGCCUUGUAAUUUAGGAAUUACUUUUACAAAGUAUUUCAUUUAUGUACACUUAUUUAUUUGAUGAGCAUAAUUACUAAUACAUAUUGAAUGAUAGAAAGAAAUUAUAAAUAUUUUUAUCAAAGUAUGUAAGUAUAAUAAAAUGCAUCAUCAAAAUAUGUAUGAUAAUUCACAAAUAUAUAUUUUGUCAUGAAAUUAGGCUGUGUUGCCAAUAAGGUCAAAACUUAUGUCCAUUGUUAAGAUAUGUUGUUACACUGGUGAUAUUAGCUAAAAAUUAAAUAUAUAAUAUAGUAUAUUUUUAA